GUUUUUCCGUGCAUUUGAAGUGUAAAUAUUAAAUGUGAAAUACAUCAUAGCAGGGAAAAGUUCGAUAAAAACAUGCCGACGAUAAAUUUGUUUAGCGUCUGCCGAAAACACUUUGGAGCGCCAAACAUGGGAACCAUUGACCACCAGCGGAUACCGUCGGAAGAUGCCGACGACGAAGACGCAAACAGUGAGGGAGCGUCGACACCGCCCGCCGACGGAGGCACUAGUGAAACGCGACCGACGGAGAUCUCGGAAACAGAGGAGGACCAACCGGACUGGGAAUUGGGAAUCCGGCGGUCGACUUCUUCAAAGAACAGCCGAAUUGAAGACCUAACGCUGUCAGAUAUUAUUCUCGAUCCAGAUGGAAUUAUAGUUUAUUACUGGCUGGGAAUCGUGACAAUGGCAAUCGUUUAUAACAUCACAGUAAUUGCGCUCAGAGUUGCCUUCAAGGAAAUGAAGGAUCUGGCUAACGAAGAAUCAUUUUUUCCGCUAUUAGAAACGAUCGCAGAUGUGAUAUUCCUCCUGGAUAUAGCCGUUCACCUUCGAAUUUCGUUUUAUGAGGAAGGCUGUUUAGUUUUGGAUCCUGGUCAUAUUAGGAACAAGUACAUGAAUAGCCGUGAGUUCAUGAUUGACGUCAUUUCCGUUCUUCCCAUGGGUUAUUUCUACAUUUUCGUCAGUGUAACCAGCAAUCUUAUAUUUCUUGACAUGGAAUCGUUAAUACCAGGAAAACUGCAGAUCCUGUUAGUACGAGCGCCAAGACUUCUGAAAUACUCAACGAUGGUCCGGUUCUUUGACCUUACAGACAGUCGAACGCGGAAUCCUAACCUCCUGCGGGCUUUCAAACUGUCGCUUAAUCUCUGGAUGGUCAUCCACUGGAUAGGUUGUGUCUACUACCUUGUCUCGGAGUUUGAAGGACUGGGAACCAAUGACUGGGUUUACCCUAAUGGGACAGAGUAUGACGUCUUUGCAAGGAAGUAUAUUCGAGUCACGUACUGGUCGUUGAUGACCCUUACAACCAUUGGAGAAAGGCCACCUCCGGAGACAGAUCUGGAGUUCGUCUUCACUGGCGUCACGUUUUUGAUUGGCGUUUUUGUAUUUGCGGCAGUUGUUGGAAACGUAGGCGACGUCAUUAGCAACAUGAACGCUGCAAGAACGGAAUUUCAGUCCAGAAUGGACCAGAUCAAAUCUUAUCUGCAGCAUCGACACGUGGAUGAGAAACUGCAAAACAGGGUGAAGAGAUGGGCGGAUUACACAUGGAACAGAACCCAAUCCAUCGAUGAACCUUCUUCGCUACAUAUGCUUCCUGAUCGCCUUAGAACAGAGAUAGCGAUCAAUGUUCAUCUGGAAACACUCAAGAAGGUUAAGAUCUUUGAAGAGUGUGAAGAAGGUUUACUUCGAGAGCUUGUUCUGAAGCUGAGACCCCAAGUGUACAGUCCCGGUGAUUAUAUUUGCCGCACGGGCGAGGUUGGAAAGGAAAUGUUUAUUGUGAAUCAUGGAAAAGUCGAGAUACUUGUUUCAAAUCCCGUGGCUGGAAAAAGGACAUAUUUGACAACACUUUCCCCGGGCUCAUACUUUGGUGAAAUCAGCUUGCUUAAAAUAGACGAAGGACAUAACAGGCGGACGGCAGAUGUAAGGGCCGUCGGUUAUUCAGAGUUGCUACGCCUUUCUCGUAGAGAUCUUAUGUCUGCUCUGGUCGAAUAUCCAAACGCCAAGCGAAUACUUGAAGAAAUCGCACGUAAAAGGUAUAAGACAACUCAGGGAAUACGCCGUGUGUGUUCCAUUGAUGAUCCAGUUGUUGCAGACGCUUCCACAGACACGUCAGGCACAUCCGUGCGAUCUUCCCGAAGUUUUCUGAACGUAAUCGAGUCCGACAACUUCAAGAGGCUUAUUGCUGCAAGACAGGACGAGAUGCGUGAAUUUAAAUAUGUCCUAGAUGAACUAAAGCGGUUUGACAGUGUAGCCACAAAGGAGAGAACAACAGCAUUGCAAAAACAGAAUGAAUCUCUUAUUGAAGAAAUACAGCUGAGAGACACGGACAUUUUGAAGUUAAAAAACAAACUUUCUCGGCUGAAAUCAAAAGAUAUGGCAUUUCGAAUAAUAAAUAGGGAAUCGCCAAAACGGUCUUUAAAAAAUGGACAUAGUUAUCCUACUCUACAGCAGUCAAAUGCCUAUUGUAGCGGUAACAGUAAAUCUGAAUUUUGCAAAAGGUGUGCGAAUGAAUCAGGUGAGCGUUGUCACGAUACCUUGCGAACGUCAAGCCCAAAAUGUAACGGUGAACGUGCAAUUCCUAGAAAUGUUCUUUUAGACACGUGCGGGAAUCUGCAACACUCCUCGUCAGAGCCAAAUAUGUCGAAAUUGGUAUACUUAAGACGACUUUCAUCAUCUAAAUUAAAGCAUGGUCGCGAAGUUCAUCCUCACCAAAAGUCGAUUUCAGUGUCUAAUUCGCCUUUCCAAGAAAAGACGUCUGCAACAAAAAGGCACACUGGUGUAAAUCAUGAAAGUAAAGCAACAAGCAGUUCUCAGUCUUGCCAAAAUGGCCCAGGGGCAGAACAAAGCAAAAUCGUUAUGUCCGAUGCAGAAGCAUGUGACCUAAGUGUGAUAGAGAAGUUAUUGUCUUUAGAUUUCUCGGACGCAUCCCUCCAUUCCUCAGACCAGUCAUCAGAUGAGCAUAGUGAAAGUGACCUUGAAGUGAGCGGUGUUUAAGCAGAAACUACUGUUUCUUAUUUUUUCUGUUCGAUUUCAGUAACUGAAACAUUUACCAAAAAUGACUGCGGACUGCGAAAUGAUGUGUUGUGCUUUUCAAAUGUUUUUUUAUAAAUCGGCAAUUCUUCAUUAAGGAUAUCUGUUAUACAUCGAGAUUCUCCCUCACUCUUCUUCUAAAGUAAAGCACACCAUCCUGGACCACCUUUAAUAAUAUGCCAAAAAUGAGUGUUUUUAGCAUAUUGUUAACCGACAUAAAACACAAUAAAUAGAAAACGUCUUGUAUUUGGAUUUCAUAACAGACAUGACCAAACUCACUUAAACACACGGAUGUGCAGACUAUCACGCAACCAAUCGGCCUCUCUCUUUCAAAACAUUUCAAAAGAAAUACACGGUAUGACAAGCAGUUUC